GCUCUGGCGCAGGGGCUGCCGGGAUCGCGGCGGACUCGGGCGGGGGAUGCGGAUGGAAGGGUCGCAGCUUUAAAGGAAUCCGAAUCGGGGGAAGAGUCCAAAUCGGAUCCAAAUCGGAUCCACAUCGGAAUGUUCUUCACCUGUGGCCCCAACGAGGCGAUGGUGGUGUCGGGGUUCUGCCGCAGUCCCCCCGUUAUGGUGGCCGGAGGGCGAGUGCUGGUGGUGCCGUGCCUGCAGCAGAUCCAGCGGAUCUCCCUGAACACUCUGACCCUCAACGUGCGGAGCGAGAAGGUUUACACCCGGCACGGAGUGCCCAUCUCCGUCACCGGCAUCGCCCAGGUGAAGAUCCAGGGGCAGAACAAGGAGAUGUUGGCCGCCGCCUGUCAGAUGUUUUUGGGCAAAUCCGAGAGCGAAAUCGGCCAAAUCGCCCUCGAGACCCUCGAAGGCCACCAACGCGCCAUCAUGGCCCACAUGACCGUCGAGGAGAUCUAUAAGGACCGUCAGAAGUUCUCGGAGCAGGUGUUCAACGUGGCCUCCUCGGACCUCGUCAAUAUGGGCAUCAGCGUCGUCAGCUACACCCUCAAAGACAUCCACGACGACCAGGACUAUCUGCACUCGCUGGGGAAGGGCCGUACGGCGCAGGUCCAGCGCGACGCCCGCGUCGGAGAGGCCGAGGCCAAGCGCGACGCCGGCAUCCGCGAGGCGCGGGCGCGGCAGGAGCAGCUCUCGGCGCAGCUGCUGAGCGAGACGGCGAUGGCGCGGGCGCAGCGCGACUUCCACGUCCAACAGGCGCAGUGCGACGGCGACGUCAGCGCCCGCAAAGCCCAGGCCGACCUCGCCUUCCAGCUCCAGGUGGCGCGGACGAAGCAGGAGAUCGAGGAGCAGAAGGCGCAGGUGGAGGUGGUGGAACGAGCGCAGCGGGCGCAGCUGCAGGAACACGAGAUCGGCCGACGGGAACGCGAGCUCGAAGCCACCGUCCGCAAACCCGCCGAGGCCGAGCGCUACCGCCUCGAGAGGCUCGCCGAGGCCCAGAGAGCGCAGGUGAUGAUGCAGGCGGAGGCCGAGGCCGAGGCCAUGCGGGUGACGGGCGCGGCGCGGGCGGCGGCGGCGACGGCGCGGGCGAAAGCAGAGGCGGCGCAGACGGCGGCAAAGGCCGAAGCGUUCGCCAAAUACCGCGACGCGGCCGUGGUCGAUAUGGUCCUACAGCGGCUGCCACAGGUGGCGGAGGCGGUGGCGCAGCCGCUGUUGGGGACGCGGCGGGUGACGUUGGUGGCCGGACCCGAAGGGGACAUCGGCGUCUCCCGUCUCUCCGGAGAAGUCCUCAACGUCGUCACCCGUUUGCCGGCGGCCGUCGAGGCCCUCACCGGCGUCUCCGUCACCCACACCACCCAGAAGAAGGCGGAAUGUCCGGCGUGAGGUGGUGCCACCACAUCCUCGUGAGAUGCCACCACC